GGGCGGGGGGCUGGCGGCAGCGGCGGAUGGACUCGCGGGUAUCGGAGCUGUUCGGCGGCUGCUGCCGGCCCGGAGGAGGCCCGGCCGUGGGCGGAACCCUUAAGGCAAGGGGGGCCGGCGGCAGCAGCGGCUGCGGGGGCCCGAAAGGGAAAAAGAAGAACGGAAGGAACAGAGGAGGCAAAGCCAACAACCCUCCGUACCUGCCCCCCGAGGCUGAAGAUGGAAACAUCGAAUAUAAACUGAAGCUGGUGAAUCCAUCCCAGUACCGCUUUGAGCACCUGGUGACACAGAUGAAGUGGCGACUCCAGGAGGGCCGCGGUGAGGCUGUCUACCAGAUUGGGGUAGAGGACAAUGGGCUGCUGGUGGGGCUGGCCGAGGAGGAGAUGCGGGCAUCCCUCAAGACCCUACACCGGAUGGCAGAGAAGGUCGGGGCAGACAUCACUGUUCUCCGGGAGCGAGAAGUGGAUUAUGACAGCGACAUGCCCCGGAAGAUUACCGAGGUGCUGGUACGAAAGGUCCCUGACAACCAACAGUUCCUAGACCUCCGUGUGGCCGUCCUGGGCAAUGUGGACUCAGGGAAGUCGACUCUGCUUGGAGUCCUGACCCAGGGAGAGCUGGACAAUGGGCGGGGCCGGGCUCGACUCAACCUUUUCCGCCACCUGCAUGAGAUUCAGUCUGGCCGAACCUCCAGCAUCAGCUUCGAGAUCCUGGGCUUUAACAGCAAGGGAGAGGUGGUGAAUUACAGUGACUCACGGACGGCAGAAGAGAUCUGUGAAAGCAGCUCCAAGAUGAUCACCUUCAUCGACCUGGCAGGCCACCACAAGUACCUACACACCACCAUCUUUGGCCUCACCUCAUACUGCCCUGACUGUGCCCUGCUCCUCGUCAGUGCUAACACUGGGAUUGCUGGCACCACAAGGGAACAUCUGGGGCUAGCCCUGGCCCUGAAAGUGCCCUUCUUCAUCGUGGUCAGCAAGGUGGACCUGUGUGCCAAGACCACAGUGGAGAGGACGGUACGACAGCUAGAGCGGGUCCUCAAGCAGCCUGGCUGCCACAAGGUCCCCAUGCUGGUCACCUCCGAGGAUGAUGCUGUCACGGCUGCCCAACAGUUUGCCCAGUCACCCAAUGUCACUCCUAUCUUCACACUGUCCAGCGUGUCUGGAGAGAGUCUGGACCUGCUCAAAGUCUUUCUGAAUAUCUUGCCACCACUUACUAACAGCAAGGAGCAGGAGGAACUCAUGCAGCAGCUGACAGAGUUUCAGGUGGAUGAAAUCUACACAGUACCAGAGGUGGGGACUGUUGUUGGAGGAACACUUUCCAGUGGGAUUUGCCGUGAGGGAGACCAGCUGGUAGUGGGCCCCACGGACGAUGGCUGCUUCCUGGAGCUGAGAGUAUGCAGCAUCCAACGCAACCGCUCUGCCUGUCGUGUGCUGCGAGCUGGUCAGGCUGCUACGUUGGCCCUCGGGGACUUUGACCGUGCACUUCUUCGCAAGGGCAUGGUGAUGGUGAGCCCCGAGAUGAAUCCCACCAUCUGCUCAGUGUUCGAGGCAGAGAUAGUUCUACUGUUCCAUGCCACCACGUUCCGGCGAGGCUUCCAGGUGACAGUACAUGUGGGCAACGUACGUCAGACAGCAGUGGUGGAAAAGAUCCAUGCCAAGGACAAGCUGCGGACAGGGGAGAAGGCAGUGGUACGUUUCCGCUUCCUGAAACACCCAGAGUACCUGAAGGUGGGCGCCAAGCUGCUGUUCCGGGAGGGUGUCACCAAGGGCAUCGGCCAUGUCACUGAUGUGCAAGCCAUUGCGGCAGGAGAGGCCCAGGCCAACAUGGGCUUCUGAACUCCUCCAGGCAGGCACAGCUCUACUGCCGUCCCCACAAUAUAUAAGGUGACUUUUGGCCAUGCUGCCCCCCCUGUUGGCGGCUCUGUGUGUUAAUAGGCUAGGGAGAGACCGGUGCUCUCUGCCCCUUGCUCCCUGCCACCUUUCUGGAGAGGUGCCAAGCUUGUUGUGGCCAGGGAGGGGCAGUCCUGAGGUUCUCAAGAAGACAGCAGAAUUCAGGGCAGUGCUCAGCAGCUCUGUGUCCACCUGGUUGGCUCAUCAACCCUGGGAACUCCACGGCCUAUCUACCGGAGGGAGCUGACCACCACCACCUUGGCCCCACUGUCUGGACUGGGCAUGAUCCGCCGGUGUGGUCCCUGCACUUCAGGAAUUGUCACAACAACUGGGGGUGGUCCUCGAAAGCACUCCUUUUUUGUAUACCUCUUCUCAAGGCCAUGUAAGUUGCCCAUCUCUACUUGACUGUGGACAAAAGACAGCUGCUCCCGGGUCUGAAGCUGGCCCAGCUGGCCCAGAGUCUGAAGAAAUGGCACAGGGGCAGUGCUCCCACCUUGUGCUGAGACAUGAGGUCUUGGCCCAGAGUCUGAAGAAAUGGCACAGGGGCAAUGCUCCCACCUUGUGCUGAGACAUGAGGUCUGUUCCUCAGCUUUGUCUCCCUUCCCUUCACUCAAGGGCCAUUCUCCAUUUUUCUGCUCAUAGGCCCCACAGGUGCUAUUUGUUGUGCUGGCCCAGGAGUGGGGCUGCUGAGCUGAGGCUUGGCAUACCGAAGGUCAGCUGCAUGUCAAUCAGUCUCGUCCCUUCCUCUGCAGUGAUUUGUUGGUUUUAAUGCUGGAUCAAACAGUGUUUUACUUUCCCAGACUAGUGACUGGGGACCUGACCCACAGCUCCCCAUCCUGCCAUCCUUUACCCCCUCCACCCUUCCUGCUCCCAUGUUAAAUCCUCCCUCUGUUGCAGGGAGCCUGGGGGAAAGGGAAAGAUGUUGCCAUAUUUCCUACACUUUAGGGCAUGGACUCCUUCCUUUCCCUUUGUUAAUGUCCUGGGUUCCCCGGACUCAGGGAUUUGUUGGUUCAGGUUUCUCUGCAUAUACAUAUAUAUAUAAAUAUAAAUAUAAAUAUAUACAUACAUAUAUAUAUUUAAAUACACACAUAUAUAUUGUACAGAAUAAAAAUGUUUUAUUGAAUACACUGUGCUUAUGCUUAAGAUACGGGCUCAGCUUCCAGAGCUAGAUUCCUCUUCAGGAUUAGAGACAAGUGAAACCCUAGCACCACUGAGCCCUGGAUGGAGAAAAGAGCCCAUCUGGUAUCAUUUACCAUUCUCCCUUUCCUGUCCCUCCCAUGCGAUCAGCGUUCCAGUAUUGUGACCUGGGUAUUCUGGCUUAUUUGCAUUGCUCUUGAGCAAGCAGAAUAGAAAGUGAAACCGCUGCCUUUUCAGCUGAGACAGGUAACCAGCCCGCACUUGAGGAGUUGGCCACUUGCUAUGGUCACAGUGAUGAGGAGCCCACUUCUGUGCCAUGUCAGAGAUGUGGAGAUUAGCGUGUGAGCUACUUAAUGAAGAGUGGAAUUUAAGAGUCACGUUAAUCUGGCCCUCACGCUCUCCCUAGCAAUGCAGAAAAGCUCGAAGUGAGGUUUACACAGCCUAAAUUGGCUUCUUGGAACCACCUGGCCACACCUUAGUCGUUUCUUCGUGUUUCUGUGUUCAGAGUACCUGACGGUCAUGUUUUAUGGGACUGCGUUUUGAGCAGUGAUCCUUGCAAAAGAAAUUUAAUGAUAAAUGUGGCCCAAUGUCCAGCGAGGCAUUCUGUCUCCAGGGUAUUAAAGUAAAAGCUUCCUUAACUAUUCAAGCUCUGCUGCUUUUAAAAAUACCACCGGCUUGACUGGCUACUAUAAGUAGCCUGUGGUUGAAGAACUUCCUCCUGUGUCGGGGACUAAGAGCGGUUCGUUUCCGUCUGUACAGUUGCUGAUAAACGGCUAUGAGAAAAGCUUGUGUUCAGCAAAAAGGUACUAUAGCUUUCAACCAACACUGACCUUUGCAUGUCCGUCUGCUCGUACCUCCAUGGGCUUAUUGCCACUAUGCUGGGGCAGGGUUGGCAUUUCCAAGAAAAUAGGUGUGCUGCUUGUAUUGUUGUUACUGGUUACUCACUACUCCCGCCCAUCUUGGCCUCUUAUAAGUCCAGUGAAACCAAAGUUUCUACUCACAAUUUCUCUUUCCAAUCAAGCAAAGUGUUAAAAAUUUGUUUCACUUGAUCUGUACAGUACCCAAAGGAGAGUAUUGCUUCUUUAGGCUUUAAAAAAACAAAACCAAACAAAC